CGACAGAUACACACGGCGGCGUAAUGCUCCGGCCUCGGUGAUAAUGUGGCGGCACCACAGAUUGUUCCGCAACCGCACGAAAAUCACCAGCGCCACCAUGCUCUUCAUCCCAUUCCUGUCUUCUUCUCGAAAUCUGACUCUCGGAUCGCUCCGAACCCUCGUCACACUCACCUCAAACCCUAUUAUCCUCUUCACACCAUCGCAGCCAUCACAGCAGCACGUACGGGUUGAGCCGCCGCGCUCUUCCCUAACCCUAAGUCUACGUCGAUUCUCACAUUCGUCUACUCCUCCGACUGCAGCGACGGCUCGUGAAUUAUUCGGCUCUAGUUCGAACUCCGUAGUGGCUAGAUGUUUUUCUUCCUUUUCGUCUUCGUCUUCUUCAUCCCCGUCGGUGUCGGUGGCAGACACGAUGGAGUGGGAUGAGCCUGCUGUGUGCGCUGAGGUUGAAGAUUCUGGUGAUGACGUUGUGAGUGAUGAGGACGUUAAACCGUCUAUUCCUGUUAGGGCUUAUUUCUUCUCUACUAGUGUUGAUUUGAGAAGUCUAUUGGAACAGAACAGACCCAAUUUCAUCCAGCCUACAUCACGCAUGACUAAUUAUAUUGUAUUAAGGUUUGGCAGCACCAAGCCUGAGCUUAUUGGUUUGGGUGCAAGCAUAACUGGGUGUGACUGCAGCUAUAUGGUAGUUUUUCAGUAUGGUUCAAUUGUCUUGUUUAAUGUCCGUGAUCAUGAAAUUGACGGGUAUCUGAAAAUUGUAGAAAAGCAUGCGUCAGGAUUGCUCCCUGAGAUGAGAAAGGAUGAGUAUGAGGUUAGGGAGAAACCAACUUUGGGCACAUGGAUGCAAGGUGGGUUAGAUUAUAUAAUGCUGCAGUAUUUGAACAUUGAUGGGAUACGUACAAUUGGCAGUGUUCUAGGUCAGAGUAUAGCACUUGAUUACUAUGUUCGCCAGGUUGAUGGGAUGGUUGCAGAAUUCACUGAUAUAAAUCGCGGCAUGGAAAAAACUGGAACCUUCACGAUGAAAAGGAAAAAACUAUUUCAGUUGGUAGGGAAGGCAAAUUCAAAUCUUGCUGAUGUGAUACUUAAGCUUGGACUUUUCGAGAGAUCUGAUAUUGCCUGGAAGGAUGCCAAAUAUGCUCAGAUAUGGGAGUAUCUAAGAGAUGAGUUUGAGUUAACCCAGAGAUUUGCAAGUUUGGACUUCAAGUUGAAAUUUGUGGAGCACAACAUUCGUUUUCUUCAAGAGAUUCUUCAGAACCGUAAAUCAGAUUUUCUGGAAUGGCUGAUUAUUAUACUCAUAGGUGCGGAAAUUCUUAUAUCUGUUUAUGACAUUGCCCAUAAGUCUGUCACAUCCCUAUAGAAUGUAUCAGUGUUCUGCUCAACUCGUUGAUGCUCAGCCAUGCUGUCUGUAUAUAGAGGUCGCCUCAUCUUCCAUCUGCUUUGCCUUUUUUCUUCAAUUUAUCGGCUUUUUUUUAACUUCUGCUUUGAAUUUUACGGUAUGAUUAGAGUAAUGACCAUCAUAAAUCCUUCCUUUAUAUGGAGAAAAUGCACAACCAUCAAGUUAUAGUUUCUCUUGUCCUCAAAAGAGUUAAACACCACUUUAUAUCUUUGCCUUUGUAAUGGUAACUUGAUUUUACUUGCUGUUAUUAUAUAUUUACUGAGAUAAUGAAUGAGCUAGUAAAUGGUUUUUUCAUA